AUGCAGGCUGUAGAGUUUGGACAAUCCUCAACUAGCCAAGAUCACCAGGAUAGAGUUCUUGGGGUUGGAUGGGAUGUGGCAGAGGACGCAUUUGUAUUUCAAAUGAGGAAGAAGGAGCGCCCACUCACGAGACGAGGACUGCUAGGCUACGUCGCGUCGAUGUUUGACCCCGAGGGAGCGAUUGCACCAGUAACCCUGGAACCAAAACAGAUUCUACAGAAAAUGACAAGAGAAGGGCUGGGAUGGGACAAUCCAUUGCCAAGCGAAGAGGCCAAGGCAGUCAGGACAUGGCUCAACUCCCUGGAUCAGCUUAGUAGUCUGAAAAGACCAAGAUACACAGCACCGAAAGGAGCCAAGAUAGCCAGAAGUGAGCUACACGCGUUUUCGGAUGGAUCUGAGAUUGGAUAUGGCUAUGUACUUUUCGCAAGGUACAUAACUGAAGAAGAUGAAAUCCAUGUCAGUUUUCUGGUGGGAAAAGCCUUGGUUACGCCGCAGAAGACGAAGACAAUACCCAGGAUCGAAUUGCAAGCUGCAUUACUGUCCAUGAGAGCCAUCAAGUUUGUAGUUCAGCAGGCUGAUGUAAAAUGGAAUGAAAUCCACCAAUGGAUUGACAGUACAGCAGUAUUGGCUAUGCUAAAAAACCAGAGCAGGCGUUUCUUACCGUAUUGUGCCAAUAGGCUGCAGGAAAUCCGGGAGCUGCAACAGGAGCUGAGAGUCCAGAUCAGGCACGUUCCUGGGCCACAGAACAUUGCUGACAUCUGCAGUAGAGGAUUGACGGUUGAGAAGUUUCUCCAAUGCCAAGAGUAUUACAAUGGACCAGGAUUUCUGAGCGAGUCACCGGAGAGUUGGCCAGUGUGCCCUGUCAUUGCCCCUUUAGAGCCAGACGAUCCAGAAUUGAAACAGGAUGCUACAGUAAUGACAGUCGAGAGUUGUAAGCCUGAUGCUGGAUUCACAUCUUCUGAUGCUCAAGACUCUGCUCAAGAUACGACUGUAAAGACAGCCGAGAGACGUCAGCUUGAUAGUGAUACUACUGUAAAGGCAGCCGAGAGACAUCACCUUGAUAAUCACCUUGAUAAUGAUACUGGAUUCUCAUCCUCUGAUGCUCAAGAAUUUACUACUGUAAAGGCAGCCGAGAGACGUAACCUUGAUAAAGAUACCGGAGUCCAAUCGUCUAAUGCUCAAGAAUCCACACAGGGAACUACUGUGAUGGCAAUCGUGAGAGGCCAGGAUAGGCUGAUGGAAUUGGUGGAACGCUUCUCUAGCUGGAGUGGACUCAAGGUCGCUACUGCGUGGCUGCUGAGAUUCAAGAAAUGGCUUAUUGACACCAAGUAUGGAAAGAAGAAAGAGCUAUACACUGGGCCUACUGGUGCAAUCAAGGUCAGCGAGUUGCAGAAAGCGGAGAUAGCUGUUGUUACUUAUGUCCAAGGAGAGGUUUUCGCCAGCGAAAUGAAGCAACUGGGAAAGAUUGGACCAAAAAUGAGCCGCAGCCAGUUUCAUAAUCUCCAUCCAUACAAGGACGAGGCAGGAUCAGUACGAGUAGGCGGGCGACUAACAGAGUCAGACCUAACUUUCGCUGAGAAGCAUCAACUUAUUCUGCCCAGAUCGCAUCAUCUGACCGAGAUAAUUGUCCGGAGUUACCACGAAGCAUAUCAGCAUGCUCCACCACAGACGUUGCUGUGUCUUCUCAGAAAACGCUACUGGGUGAUAAAUGGCUCGAGUGUCGUCCAUGAGCUUGAGAAGAAAUGCAUCACAUGCCAGCGAGCGAUCGGUUUGCCUAAGGACCAAAUCCAGGGAGUCCUACCCAAGGGACGCGUCACCAGUGGUAACUUGUGGAUCCAAACGGGAUGUGAUAUAAUGGGUCCAGUCCUUACCAAGAUACGCAGAAGCCAAGUAAAGAGGUACAUCCUGGGAUUAGUCUCUUUCACAGUGAAGGCUGUCCACUUUGAAAUCAUGCCUAAUCUCACAACAGCGUCAUUUUUAAAUGCGAUGAGAAGAUUUCUGGCAAGACGGUCAAGACCUGGAAAACUCAUCAGUGACAAUGCUGGGACCUUCUCAGCAGGAGUGGCCGAGAUCAACCAACUGCAGGAGCUGUACAACUCGUCUGGGGUCCAGCACUUCAUGCAAGAAAAAAAUAUUGAAUGGGUACCCAAUGUACCAAAGGCAUCGAAUAGGAAUGGUCUUUUUGAGCGACCAUUUCGCACGCUGAGACGGGUGAUGCUGAGCACGCUGAAGGGCAGAAUCACAACAGAGGACCAGCUAGCCACUACAGUAGCAGAAUGUGAGCUGUUGUAUAACAGUCGUCCCUUGUGUGCAGUCAGCAAGAAUGCAAGAGAUCCACUUCCAAUCACGCCGAUGAUGAUCAUCAACCCUGAACCUGUAGCAGCUCAUCCACCUGGUAUUUUCUACGAGAAGGACCUGAUUGUCAGAAAUAGCUACCGCCAGGUCCAGGCGCUGAUCAACGAGUUCUGGUCAAUGUUCAAGUUGGAGUAUCUCACCUCGCUCCAAGAACGUCAGAAAAGUAUCAUCGAGAUCCGGAACUUCCAAGUGGGAGACCUGGUGAUGCUCGUCGAUGAGGUGAGGCUAGCUCACAGAGGACACUACCCUCUUGGGCUAAUUACUACAGUACAUCCGUCAGAAACAGACAACGUCAUGAGGAAAGUCACCCUCAGAACCUCAACUGGAGAGUUUCAACGUCCUGUCAACAAGAUCGUCUUACUCGAAAGCAGCGAUGAACACGAGGAUCAACUUCCCAACGUCGACGCCAGAUCGCAAUAA